GGCUGCAGGAGGACCAGAGGCAGCAGCAGCAGCCGGUGCGCCAACAUGCGGACUGCAGCGACCUGCGCGGUGCUGAGCUGUCUCACCGUCUCUUCCCCAGUAGAGACCCGGGUCACGGACUGUGAAAUCCCUCUCCUGGCACCUCUCGCUGUCUAAUCAGCCAGCAGUCGGUCUGAAAGUUGCAGAGAAGUUGUGGAGCGCGCCGCGCCGCGCUUCUCUCCCGGUGUGAGCGGUGCGUCUGCCGCGCGCUCUGCGCUCGGACCUGGAUCUCUUCCCUCCUCACAGACUCCUCCGGGGCGCUUCUCACUGUGAAUACUGUGACUGUGUCUCACCUGGACCCGCACUGAGGAGAUGGAUAACUCCUCUUAUGUCUUGGCUGUGUUUAUGCUCGUACUCUCUCUGGGCUUCAGGAUAGAGGAGGGCAUGUGCCAACACUACUAUCUCCUCCGUCCCAUUCCCAGUGACACUCUGCCCAUAGUGGACCUAAAGGAGGACCCGGACCCGGUGCUGGACCCUAGGGAGAAGGACCUGAACGAGACGGAGCUCCGGAGCACUCUGGGCAGCCACUUCGACCCGCACUUCAUGUCCGUUUCCCCGCCGGAGGACAAGUACGCGGGGAACGAGGACCUGAACGAGGCGGACCUGCGGCAGAAGCUCUCCGGAGCUAUGCCCAAAGAGAUCCGGGCCAUGGAGUUCGAGGUCCAGCACGGCAAGAAGCAGAAGCCGAGUAAAAAACUCCGGAGAAGGCUGCAACUGUGGCUGUGGUCUUACGCCUUCUGCCCGGUUGUUUACGCAUGGAACGACCUGGGCAGCAGAUUCUGGCCGCGCUACGUGAAGGUGGGGAGCUGCUACAAUAAGCGGUCUUGUUCGGUCCCUGAAGGGAUGGUCUGCAAACCUGCCAAAUCGACUCAUUUUACGAUCCUGCGAUGGCGCUGCCUGCAGAAAAAGGGGGGUCUGAAAUGCGCCUGGAUACCUGUUCAGUACCCCAUUAUAUCAGAGUGCAAAUGUUCCUGCCAGACCUGAAGCGACUGUCUGCUGCUGCGAUUAUUGGAAGACUUUUCUCCAGCAGCAGCAAAACGUCCCGAUAUUUAACCCGGAGCGGGUCCUAAAGACCUGCUUUCUGCAGCAAAGUGAAGAAAUUUACAUUUGAUGAGUAGAAAUCUCUUUAUUCCAAACUGAAUCAGCUUUUUAAAUCUUGUCUUCGAGAAUAUUUCUGUUUGUCAGCAGAGACGCUGAUCUCAGACCAGAAGAUGAACAUGAGCAGAUUGUCCUGGAUGUAUAUUUGAUGUACAUGUUUUUAUUUUAUUUUAUGACAGAACUUUGUAUAAAAAGGAAGGUCAGUAUUAUUAAUAUAAUCAAAUCUACUGUAUUUGUUCAAUGUAUCUUGAUUGUAUCUGUUUCUAUUUAUAAAGGAGAAUCAAAACGUGA